UCGGUCGCUGUACUUUGCUAUGUGUUCGGCUCAGCUUUAGAGUCAGUAGAGGACAACUGGGCUGUGCAAAGGAAUUCUGUGUUUUUGACUAUGUGAAUUAAUCUAUGGAGAACUAAGGACUUCAAAAAGUAAAACUGAAAUUAUAGUCUACAGAAAAACUAGACCCACACUUUCGGAAGUUCACCGGCAGAUGACUACACACUCAAAAAUUUGAUCCUGAGGCCUGAGUGCCAUGCCAGAGGAGUCCCACAGUGCUCUCCAUAAGGGCCCAAUGGGGGAAGAAUCUCCUCGGUUGUACUCUGCCCUCUCCAUCAGUAGUGGCCAUGAGCGACAAGACGGCUACAGCCGGCUCUGUGCUGACCCCUCAGCGGGAGAGGCUGAGCGUCCAGUGAGCCUAGUGUCCACUCUGUCCUCAGUCUCCUCCCGGGACAGCCACAGCCUCUACGGCAGUACCACAGCCCUCCCCUCCACACUACCUCCCCCCAGUGGAGAGGACAUUGACCUGGAGCUCAGCCCUACAGAGGGAGCCAGGGUGCAGCCACAGACCAAGACGCAGGGCCUCAGCCAGGGGGGGACCAGAGACCAGUGGCUGGACCACAGUCAGACCAGGUCCCAGCGCAACAACAACGCCACCACCAACAGGAGGACUAGUGCACCUCAGACCCCAACCUCACCCUUCGCCACUGAAGUUAUGGCGCCCAACCCUAAGCUCAGCUACGUGGACCGUGUGGUCAUGGAGAUCAUUGAGACGGAGCGCAUGUAUGUCAGGGACCUUCGCAGCAUCGUGGAGGAUUACCUGGCUCACAUCAUAGACCUGGACAACCUUCCCAUUCGACCAGACCAGGUUUCUUCCCUGUUUGGAAAUAUAGAGGACAUAUAUGAGUUCAACAGUGAGCUGCUGCACUCUCUGGACAUGUGUGAGAAUGACCCGGUUGCUGUGGCCAGAUGCUUCGUAGACAAGAGUGAUGAUUUUGAAAUCUACACACAGUACUGCACAAACUACCCCAACUCUGUGGGUGCACUGACCGACUGCAUGAGGAGUAAGACUCUGGCCAAGUUCUUCAGGGAUCGCCAGGCCUCCCUCAAGCGUUCUCUCCCCCUGGGGUCCUACCUUCUCAAACCCGUCCAGAGGAUCCUCAAAUACCACUUGCUGCUGCAGGAGAUCGCCAAACACUUUGACCCUGAGGAGGAGGGCUAUGAGGUGGUGCAGGAGGCCAUCGAUACCAUGACCGGGGUGGCCUGGUACAUCAAUGACAUGAAGAGGAAACACGAGCACGCUGUCAGGCUGCAGGAAAUCCAGUCUCUCCUGAUCAACUGGAAGGGUCCUGACCUCACUACAUAUGGAGAGCUGGUGCUGGAGGGAACCUUCCAGGUCCAACGUGCCAAGAAUACCAGGACGCUGUUCCUCUUUGACAAGAUGCUCCUCCUCACCAAGAAGAGAGGAGAGCAUUACGUCUACAAGACACACAUCUCGUGCUCAACCCUGAUGCUGCUUGACAGCGCCAAGGACCCCCUGCACUUCAGUGUGAUUCACUUCAAGCAUCCCAAGCAGCCUCACACUGUGCAGGCCAAGACUGUAGAGGAGAAGCGCCUCUGGGCUCAUCAUAUCAAGAGGCUGAUUCUAGAGAACCACCACACCAUCGUCCCACAGAAGGUAAAAGAGGCCAUCCUCGAAAUGGAUUCUCUCUACCCAGGGUCGUGGAGGUACCGCUACAGCCCAGAGAGGCUGAAGAAGGCUGUAUCCUGCCAGGCUGAAGACUCUUCCGCAGAGGGGAGACACGGACACAGGACAUCAGAACCAGGGAAAAAGAUUGUGAGGAAAACCAAAGCCAUUUUGAAGCUACAGCACGCAGACAGUGAAGGUGCUCUUCUGGGGGACAGGCGUUCCCUGCAGCCAGCUGCUAGUGUCAGUAUGCUGGGCUCCAGUCUAGGCGAGCCUGAGGCUGAGAGGCCUAGUGUGCUGGAAGCCCAGGAGGAGCUAGGCCGCAGGAGGGACUCUCUGGAGCAGCUGAGUCCCAGUGAGGACCCUAAGCCAGGGUCCCUACCCUGCCAGGGGGGCACUGAGCAGCAGGAGGAGGAGACUGAGGAGGAGAAGGGGGAGAUAAACACAGAUAUUCUGAUGGAGGAUGACCAGGUAGCCGACUUUGCCAGCUCCAUGCUGGCAGCCAUCUCCUGCUGGCACUAUAGGGCCAGGGCUUUGCUUUCCGCUCGGUUCACAACGGAUGAAGAACACUGUGAGGUUGUAGAUCAGAAUGGACCCAUCGGGGAGAGGAUGGAGAUAUCAGCCCAGGAGAUCAGUGAGAUGGCUACAGAGGAGACCUUCACUGACCAGGCGUAUGUGGAGGAAGUGCCUCCUCAAAGCAGUGCUCCUAAGGUAGUGGUGAUGGAACAGAAUGAGGCGAACCCACCCCUAUACACAGUGCCUGAUGCCUCGCCGACCCUGCCUCUCAGGCAGCCUGAGACGUCUCAGACAGUGGAGCCUGAGGAGAGGGGUAUCUGGGGAGGAGUAGAGGAAGAGGAAAGGUACAGAGAGGGAGGGGAGGAAGAGGAGGAGAGAUGCAGAGAGGAAGAGGAGAGUGACUGCUCUGUCCUCCAACAGGACGAGAUGAACUCAUCAGUGACCAAUGGAGAGUGUUCAGAGUUUGCUGCGGCAGUGGGGACUGAGACCAGCCGCAUCCUGCCUGCCUCUGUGUUGGACCAGGCCAGUGUAAUCGCUGAGCAUUUUGUCAGCAGCCUGUCCCGGAGAGGCAGCCUGGUGGUCUCAGAGGACUUGCGUUCCCUGGGCUGCCCCUCUCCUCAGCCGGGCAGCAAGAGCAGCAGCACCCCCUGUCUGAGCACCGAGCUCCAGGAGAAGGUCCAGACCCUGGUUAACUCCACCACAGAGCCCCCACUGCUCCUGGAAGCCAACGCCUCUACGCCUGCCCCUAAACUAGACCACCUCAUGGAGGUGGAGCGCAGAUCCACUCUCUCCAAGGAGGACCGGCUACUCAUCCACAAGAUCAGGAGGUACUAUGAGCAUGCAGAGCACCAGGAUGCCAGCUUCAGCAUCAAGCGCAGGGAGAGCCUGUCCUAUAUCCCAGCAGGCCUGGUCAGACACCUGAGCCGGCAGCUCAACAGCAAACCCCAGGACCAGGCGGUUCCAGGGCACAGGAAGGUCUCCCCGAACAACCGGCCCACAUCCUGGUCAGUGUUCGACCUUCCUGGCUUAGAAAAAGAGCAGAGUACUAAUAAUACCCCUGUGCUGGAGCCACAGAAAGCUGCAGACAUCAAGCCCAGAUCCCAGAAUGUCAAUGAUGCUCCUGUUGGAGACGAGGAAGAGUUCUUCAGACCAUCCUUGGACAUGGUCCAAGUGUGGCAAGACAUGGAGAUGGAGGAGGUUAAUGGGAGCCUUGGGAAACCCAAGGGUAUCCAGGGUACAGAGGACAUUGUCCAUCCUAGAUCACAUCUAUCCUGGAAGGGGGGAACCAGCAAAGAGAGCCCUGAAGCUGAGUACAUCGAGCCCCUGAGGAUCCUGGAGGAGUCAGACAUGGGCGCUGUCUCAGAGGAAUCCCCAGCCCCAUCACCCAUCACAACCUCCCCAGACCCCUUCUCAGGGCAGAAGUCCUUCCAGAAUAAGACUCUCAAGUCCUGGGAGAGAGGCACGGUCAGUAGGGCUCCCCUCCCCAGGAUCAUCAGCCUGCGUUCAGGGGUGGAGGAGGACCUGAUCCUGCAGGACAUGGAGAAGAUGAAGAACAAGGUUUUCCAACUGGCCCGCCAGUAUAGCCAGCGCAUCAAGAACAGCAGGCCCGUGGUGAGGCAGAGGAACAGGGAGGCUGAGAACCACCUUGCCCCCAAGAACCUGCCAGCUGUCUACGAGGAGAAGGUCCAAAGGAGAGACUGGGGUAGGCCUAACCUGACGCUGUCACUCAAAUCCUAUGAGCAGGUGGUCGUGCAUGAGCUGAGGACCCCAAGCCCAGUCCCAAGUCUCAACUCUGGGGCCAGCUCACGGGUCACGUCCCCCUGUUCCAACAGUCCUCACAGCCCAGUGCAGACACAGAGUUUCCACUGGCCAGAUGUCCAGGAGCUACGCUCCAAAUACACUAACCCCAGGCUGGACCCUGGUUCCUCCCACCCAUCACUUGUCAGCCGUAGCUGCUCUGUCCCAGAGAGGAUGCAGUGUUGCACUGAGGGCUUCAGUACCUCAUGGAGCCCCACUGGCUACUCAUCCAGCUGCAACUGCUCCACAGACACUAACAGUGGACGAACAGACUCACUUGAGACUACGUCAUCCAUGGACCACCGGGGUGGGGGUUCUGUGGGAGAGGCUCAGCCCCAGCCCCCGCUGUGCAGGUGGAACUCUUUGGAUCACAUGCUAGGAACACUGCCUCUACAGGAGCUGCAGAACCUUCAGGAGCCAAUGAGGAGCUGUUACGUGGCUGGUCAGGCUACCCUGCCCAACGAGCACAAAGUUAUUAUAGUGGAGAGGGUUGCUGGCGAGGGGCCAGUGGAGACUGGAGGGAAGGAGCGAGUGGAGGAACAAGGAGCUAAAGGAAAGAGCAAACUUAAAAUCUCUAAAAGCCUUGACUACCAGUACUGUGCCAAGAGGUCUGCACUGACUUCAGGCAAAAAGACUGAGAGUAGUCUGGUAAAAAACCUACGAGCAAAAUUUCAGAACUUGGGUUCAAGCACAUGAACACGUAACUGUACAUGCCCUACCUAUUUGAUUGCAUUCUGUAAAUAAUGAAAUAAGCCUUCUCUUACAUAAUAUAUAUAUAUAUAUAUAUAUAUAUAUAUAUAUAUAUAUAUAUAUAUAUAUAUAUAUAUAUAUAUAUAUAUGCAAUUGAUGUUGAGAAAUAUGACUAUAAAUACUGUCAGUCUAUUAGCCAGUAACUACUGCUACUGUGUUAGGAGUACCAUCUUCAUGUUCAUUUUCUACUUCCUUUUUGUCUGGUUUAUCACCUUUUCUCACAUCAGUCUCUUUUUUUCACUUCUGGUGUUACCUACAAGGGAUCUUGAACAAUCAAGAGAGCACCCCAUGGGAAAAUGUGUUGUGACUUUGUAAAAUGUGUAAAUACUUGUAAAUGUGUCUUGUUUUUACACCAUCAUGAAAUGUUUACAUAAAGAGAAUGAGUAUAUAUCAUGUUUGAGAAAAAAACGUCAGCAUAUUAAAGUAGAUCUGUACAGAUUACCCAAAUGUUUUCCUGUGUAACUUAGAAUGUUUUUCUCCCACGAUGCAAUGGUCAUCCUCUAAUUGUGAUUCAAUUGUGAGGGUCAUUAGCAUGGAAAUAGUGAAAAGAGAAAUGGGAAUUAAUAUAUAAAGGGGAGUAAAUCUGGAAGGCUGGGCCACCAAUUUUAAGUGAUUAUUGCGGAUAUACAGCCAUUAGGACUUACUCAAUCCUAUUUGACCUUUUGACCAAAGUGUUUUUCCUUCAAUUGUUUAAAAAUGGGAGAUGUAUGGUCUGUGCUGUCUAUUAUUCAGCCAAAUGCGCCACAUUUAGCUACUACUCAAUACUAUGAUUGUUUUCAUACAUCACUGGAGCUGUUUUCUGAUUGUCUGGUAUAUUUCCUUGUUAUUUAUAAAAUGAUCCUCGUCUUCCUAGACCUUUCCAUUCCAGAAACGGCACAGAAUAAUUUCAUACUUGAAAUGGCAUAUAUGCUCAAUAAAAUCAGAUAUUGAAAUUACAGUUAA